GCCUCCCUUCGCAGUACUGGGCUGUGGCGGCCUCUUCCUCCUGCGUUUGGGGCAGGAUCCGGAGUGGUGGCUGCGGCGGGAGCUGGAAGCCAGCGUCCACUUCGCCGCCACCGCCCUAGCUGCCUGCCCCUCUCACUUGGGCUUUUCGCGUAGUGCAGAGGCGGCGGGCUAGGAAGGGAGCGGUGCGGGCGUGAGGUUCCCAGCUGAUGGGCAACCCCUGGGCGCGUUGAGGGGCCGGGCUACCAGCGACUGAGAAAAUGAUGCAUCCUGUUGCCAGCAGUAAUCCGGCUUUCUGUGGGCCUGGCAAGCCUUCCUGCCUCAGUGAAGAUGCCAUGAGAGCUGCUGAUCAGUUUGACAUAUAUUCCUCCCAGCAAAGCAAAUAUAGCCACACAGUCAGCCACAAGCCAAUGGCUUGUCAGAGGCAAGACCCAUUAAAUGAAACACACUUGCAGACUCCAAGUGGCAGAAGUCUAGAGAUAAAAGAUGAACUAAAGAAAAAGAAAAAUCUCAACCGAUCCGGUAAACGUGGCCGACCUUCAGGAACCACCAAAUCCGCAGGAUACCGUACCAGCACAGGCAGACCCCUGGGAACCACCAAAGCAGCUGGAUUUAAGACAAGUCCAGGCAGACCUUUGGGUACAACUAAAGCUGCAGGAUACAAAGUCAGCCCAGGGAGACCUCCAGGAAAAAAGCAGCAAGCCUUCAGGUGUUCCAGUGAUGCCUGACACAAUGAGCUGGACUUAUGCUGCUCUUUACAGUAAGAGGUGUUGCAUUGUAUGUGGGGACUUUGUGUGCACUGGCAUCUAAGACAGUGACCUCAUCAGUUUUAGCUUUGCACAAACCCUAAAGAACAAUAGUGGAUGACUAUAUAAUCAGUUCUAACAUUCUGGCAGCUAAAUUGCUACAAGAGUUUCUCCUUACAGAAGCUUAAAAUAGAAAACUUUUUAAUAAUUUACUCAGAACAGUAUACCUUCUGACACACACAAAUGCUUACAUCUUUAUUCCUGUGUUCAUCUAUCCACUUUUGUGAUAUGUAUCUGUCAUUUAGCUCUUUCUCAAGAUGAUGUUCAGCAGU